GACAGUCCCUCGCUGUUGCCUGAUCGCUUAGCUUGCCGCCGAAAAGCUUCUCAGAAUCAGUGUGUACUGUGUUCCGAGGCGUACAUUGUAUAGAUAUAAUACAUAUUGUAUAUAUAUUAUAUAUAUGUUUAUGCACUCUCUUUAAAAUCUAUUAUUAUUACUUCUUACUUAUAUUGUUGUUGAAUAAGGCCUAAAAUAACAGUUUCAUCGAACCGAAGUGUUUAAAUACAUAUUUUAUUUUAUUAUACUUAGGUAUACAAAAAAAAAAAAAAUUGGACGACGCGACACGCACAUUUUUUGACUAAUCGUUUUCUCGAAUUUAUCCACGUUUUUGGAAAUCUGUGAGAUUGACUGUGCUUUUGUGACUUUGUUUGGAUCGUUUCUGGGUUUGUAACCAUAAACUACUAUUUCAGGAUAUAAUUCAGAAAAUUCGAAGACAGUAGUCCAGUCGUCGUCGCAGCAUCUUCAAACACACAGUAGACUUGAUACCAUGCGCUAGAACUUCUUCUCUACAUAAACAAAUCGUUGUCGACAAUCGCUUUGCUUUCGGCUACCCGCUUGUGCAAGAGAAGUAAAAAUCUAGUCCAGUAAAAUAACAUUUAUAUAACGAAUAUCUAGCGUCGCAGAAAAAUAGGAAGUGUUUAUUUUUUUAUACGGAACAAUGGACAAUAAAUCUACCUGAUCUGAAACCUAUUGAAUUUUAGUCGCGCUACGUCCAUUAUCGCGUCCGCACUUCGGUGAACAAAGUAAUUUUGCGUGUGAUAAGUUGAACUUUUUCCAUUUUAAAUUUAAAAAAUAAUAAACAAAUAUCGUCAAAAUGGCUAUGGUCAACAUGAAUAAUCUUUUGAAUGGAAAAGACUCCAGAUGGUUGCAAUUGGAAGUAUGUAGGGAGUUCCAGAGAAAUAAGUGCUCCAGGCCGGAUUCAGAGUGCAAAUUUGCACAUCCAGCCACCAACGUCGAAGUCCAGAACGGUCGUGUUAUAGCUUGUUACGAUAGUAUUAAGGGUCGAUGUAAUAGAGAGAAACCUCCAUGCAAAUAUUUUCAUCCUCCACAACACCUCAAGGAUCAAUUGUUAAUAAAUGGAAGGAAUCAUUUAGCUCUUAAGAACGCCCUUAUGCAACAAAUGGGUCUGACUCCUGGUCAAGCCUUAGUUCCUGGUCAAGUUCAAGCAGUAGUGGAUGCGCCACUAGACUGCCUUCCCCUGACCUUCUUCCCCCAGUUGUCAAUGACAAUUGAAGAGCAGUAUGCACUUAUGGCUGCUAAUCCUUACCUCACCGGUAUGCCCCAAGUCGGAAGUACGUACAGUCCGUAUUUCGCACCAGGUCCCAUUAUGCCGACGAUAAUGGGUCCGGAUCCAACGGGCGUUGGGUCUCCUUUAGGAGUGGUACCCCAAACUGUGGUGACACAACAGAAGAUGCCCCGUUCUGAUAGAUUAGAGGUGUGCCGUGAGUUCCAGCGCGGGGCGUGCAAGCGCGCCGAGUCGGAAUGUCGCUUUGCGCAUCCCGCCGACUCUGUGACUGCUAACGAGGACGGUACUGUCACUGUCUGCAUGGAUGCAGUCAAGGGCCGCUGUAAUCGCGACCCCUGCCGCUAUUUCCAUCCCCCUCUGCACCUCCAAGCCCAAAUCAAGGCCGCACAGUCCCGGGCUAGCGCGCCCGCUGCCAUUUCGCCUUUGCUGGCCCCCCAGGCCCCCACAUCGGCUGCCGCCGUUCUCGAGAUAGGCAAGAAGAGACCCCGCGAGCCUAGCACCGCCGACACAGAUCUAUUACUGAUGGACAUGAAAUCUGUUGGAUCGUUUUACUACGAAAAUUUCGCCUUUCCAGCAGGAAUGGUACCUUACAAGCGACCAGCGGCAGAUAAAUCCGGCGUACCUGUGUACCAACCAAACGCAACUACGUACCAACAACUUAUGCAGUUGCAGCAGCCUUUCGUGCCCGUGUCAUGUGAGUAUUCCAUCUCCCCGGCUCCUCCUACUACUUCUUGUGCUUCGCCCUCAAUUCCCGAUAUGUCGUCCCAACCGAUAGCUUCCUCUCCUAUAUCUCAAGCUUCUCAAAUGCCGCUUCAUCAUCAACAACAACAACAACAACCACCUCCACAACCACCACCACCACAACCACCAUUACCGCAAUCUAAAGAAUCCGAUGUUACCCUUAUAACAACCACUGCUACAAUGCCAGUCGCCUUGCCUCCCCAACCCCAUAUCACAGAUCCCGCAACGCUUGCUAAAGAGGUUGCCCAGCAAAACUAUGCUAAAGCUAUCAAAUUAGCUGCUGUCAAUCAAAGUAUAGCAGCUUCUCAAUUCACAACUUUGAAUCCGUUAAAUUACACCGGAGUUUCUUUGAAUAAGCAGGCGUUGACGGCAGUGCCGCAACCUUCAGCCGCCGCCGCUGCUGCCGCCGCCGCGGCUGCCGCAGCUUCGAUUCCGCGAUACUCGACUGCCUUGCCGUUCCAAUUCAACGCAACGACAGUUAAUUUAGGUCUGGCUAAUCCUUACCAGGCAAUCGCGCAACAGAAUUUGCUUAAUUUGAGCCGUCCACCACCAGUGCAAUUCAAUCCUUAUUCGUUUAUUAGACAACCGUAUACUGCGGCGGCUGCGGGUGCUGCUGCGAAUCCGCUUUACGCUAAUAAUUUUCUAAGUGCACAAUAUCCAGUGACAGUCUCAGCAGCUCCGAUCAUAAAUAACACCGCUCCUCAGACGAAUAUGGCUGUAGCGGCGGCACAAAAUAACAACAAUAACGUACCGCUCCAACCGUACAAGAAACUGAAAACGAACUAAUAGGAUAUAUUUUAAUUUGUUGUUAAUUCACUUUUUGUUAGUUCUGUGUAAUAUUUUAUGAUACCUGAUCACAUUUUCGAAAAUAAAAUCAACUUUUAUCAAUUGUAUUUUAAUGGUUAGUGUUUUUGUUUGAUUUUAAUUUGAAAAUUGAUGUUGCGUUAAUUUCUCGUGUAAUUUUUUUGUUCCUUUAGUAUCGUAAUAUAGUUAUUACUGUAAGUGAACUAAUGGUACAGGAACGAACAAUGUUUUAUACCCCACUGGAAAUGUACGUUAGACAUUACCUUUGUUAUGUUUUCUUUUUUUGAUUUUUUCAUCUCCAAUUUUAUCUCUGUUUCUGCUAUCACACCACAAUAGACUCCACAAUAAUUCCUUAAUUUCUUAUUAUAAAAUAGGCCAGAUGUUAAUAUUUAAUGUACUUACUUAUAUUAACAUCAUUUAAUCAUAAAACUGAUUUACUGACUCUGAAAGCUCGUACAAGUUACCGAGAUCGUCGCUUCGGGAAAAGAAAGCUUCUGCCGUAUGACUUCCCUCUUUGCUGAAGACUUUCAAUGAAGCUAUUCAGUAUGAGGAUAGUAGCGAAUUAGAAACCACAAUAGAUACUGAAAUCAAAUCUAUGCACAAAACGAUGAAUGGAAAUUUUCCGAAUUUUUUCGAAAAAGAGAGUAAUCAAUGUCAAUAGCAAACGUUGAGGAGAUGGUUCUGCGGUAGUUUGAUGUCUCGACUACAUUCUGAUACGGUUAUGUUGAAGAAAAAAUCUUGAUGAAACAACCCGAAGAGUAUGCGGAUGGAACAGAACGUGUUUUCUCUCUUAAAUGAAGUUUAUAUGGUCUAAAGCAGACUCCACUCUAAUGGAGUAAGACUUUUGAAGACCGGUAAGGGAUUCCAACAAAACAAGAGGAUAUUUGCUUGUAUAUAUGUUUCUUUCUUUCUUGAGCUUGAUAUCACUCAAAGUGAUGGCAAUGUCAUGGUUAACCAACCGACUUAUAUCAAGAAAAUUCUCGUGCAAAUCAAAUGGAGAUAUUCACUGCUCAUGCGUAAAGGAAAUCUGCUGAUUUUUCGUAUCGAUCUGCUGUUAGGACUGUAACCUACAUGGUUAGAGUCGAAUGGAGAACUCUAGCGAUUUUCUGGGGCUUUCCAAGGGACUCUAGUUGAUAGCUGUUUUAAUCCAUCCCGUAUUUUUUGAUGUUCUUACUUGGCCUUACCAUAACCUUAGCUUUUGCUCAAUAUAUUCAUCAGAACUCUGACUCAUAUUCAUCUUUCUAGGUAUCUCAUUAUUCGUUAUUCUGCCAAGAUCCGUCAAUCCAUAUUUUUAUCCUGUUUUUCAUAUAAUUCAUCUUCUUUGUCUAGAAUAUGAUUGAGACUUUUGUCCAUUCAAAUUCUCAUCAUCGAUUGUCUUAACCAGUUAAAUCCACUCCUAGUUUUGUACAAGAUUCUUCUAAAACAACGUGUUCAUCUAAUUUGAACACUUUUUUCAAUCUUAUUCAAUCCGUUUCUCAAUCUUUACAACAAAACUUGUCUUUAUAAUAAGAAAUUACUAAAUUAUCGUGGAGGAUUAUUUUUUAUUUUCAUUAUUGCUGUUAUAAUUUCCAUCAUCUUCGCUAUACACAUUUUCCAUUCGUCCAAGUUGGAAUAUUUGGUCUAUCAUUAAACUGUCUGAUGGUCGUUUCGAUAACCAAGUUAUCGUCUUCAGAGAGUGAAGUUAAAUGUUUACCUCUAUGGUGACGAUGACUUGGUUAUAGAAACGAACAUCAGACAAUGGAAUUAUUGAUGUAGGAGUAGUAGUAGUAGUUCCUUAUUGAAAUACAAAUAUUUGUUAUUGCUGUAUUUCUUACCGUUUCUUUUAAUUUUAAUAGUUGCAUUUGUAGUUACUCGAAAUGCGGGUAUAAGCAUUUCCAAACGUUUUAUUCAAUGAAACAAUGUGAUAGAACGCACCAUUUUUGACACUUACGUGUUUGUUGUUAUUUACAAGAAUUAUUACACCUCGAAAAAACACGGUCGUGUUUAGGAUAUAGGUGUUCGUGUGUUUGGUAAAUAUUAAUACUAACUUUUGUAUAUUAUUUUCGUUAUUCUCAAAAGCAUUUUUGUUUUCAAAUUUCGUCUAGUCAGAUAAAGGUAAAUGUUAUCGAAAGACAAAAAAAAAAACUGGGCAAUGCUCUAAGCUACCCGGACCAAGCGAGUGCCUCAUUACUGUGAUACCUCUCACACCUGCUGAUUGCACCGCUAUAUUAACAUCCUUCCCCAUGCCCUAAUUACCUACCCCCAGUAUCGCUCUAAUUGUAAAUUAGGAAUUAAUUAAUAUUUUUGGUGGUAAAGACUAGAUACACUAUUUUGCCAUUUCCUAAAAGUUGGAGAUGUUUAUAUAUAGAAAAUUCUGCAUGACAUAAUUAUUUCGAUAUACUCGAUAAUUUUUAAAAGCCUAAUUGUAUCGCAUGGUAGACAUAUGCGUUGUAUUUGAUAGAAAGUGCCAUUCAGAAGUAGUAUGUUACUGACCCAAAAAGACGCCAGGUUUGUACAUAUAAAUUUUCUCUCUAAGUCCUUAAUUGCUUUCAUUCUAAUAAACUUCAAAAUCUAGUCACGCAUUUUUUCAAAUAUCAUCUUGGUUUUGAAAAUUAUGGUUGUUGUGGAUAUUUAUCUGUGCCAGACGUUCAUAAUGACUAGUUUCUUAAUUGAACUGUUUCACAACAGGUCAAAAUAAAUGUCUUCGGUUGUAGUUGAAUACUUUCACGUCUAGAGCUUAGAACAAACGUCAAAUAUCCAAAAGUUUUAUUGUUCGAACGUUUUUCAAAUCAAUCAUAGGUCAGGCAAAGGGUAGAUAUUGUAGGGAAAAUUAUAUCACCCUAUAAAAGACAUCGGUCAUUUAAGUCAAUUUUUUUAUACGUUUAUUUAGUUAGUUACUUCCACCGAAAUAAAAUUUUAUUAUUAUUUAGAUACUUAAAAAUAAUUGUGAACGUUAGGGAUGAAAUUAUUGAUUAAAUGAUUUGCUAUGAAGUAUGAAGGGUGAAGCAAUUAUCGAUAAUUGACCAAUCGUGGAAUUCAUCGACAAUAUCUGCAGUUACAGGGUGUUUCUAAAUUCAUGCGACAAAAUUCAGUAGGUGAUUGCUUAUAUCAAAUUAAUAUGGGUCUUUCCUAUAAGAAAAUUUGCGCACUCCAUUUCGAUAUAUCACAUUUGAAAGGUGGUGACUGAAAUUGAAAUUUUUUUUUUUUGAAAUUUCAGUAAAACUAGAAACUUAAAAUUCUGUAAGUUUCGUGCACUCGCCACGUGUAUUUUCUCAAUUACAUUUUAUGAAUUUACUAUUUUCCACUUAUUAAAAAAAUUAUAAACUAUUGGAAAAAAAACUCAUUUCAUUUCUUAAAACUUCUUUGAUUAAAGUUCUGAUAUGAACUAAAGUAAGGGUUGUUAAUUUCACCCCCGUAUAAUGUAACAGGAAAAUUGAAAAUAAACUCGUGGUUGGUUUUUAGCGAGUGCACGAAAAUUACAGAAUUUCAAGUUUACAGCUUUCAGGAAAAAAAAUAAAAAAUCAAUUUUAGUCACAAGCUUUUAAGGAAUUUUCAUUAUAGGAAAGAUUUGUCUUAAUUUAAUACGAGCAAUUUUAAAUUUAAACACCUUGUAUAUAGACUCCGAUUUUCUUGGGUCUCAUUGAUUUUAGAGGUAAAAACUGAUUUUUGGGAGCUCUAGUAAAUUAAUUACCGGAUUUUUAAAGUAAAAAGUUUUUUCUUUGAGCCAACCAAUAAAUUUUUAUACUUUAACUUGUCCUACGUGUUGAAAGUUGAAAUAUUGAAUUUUAUUUCGUUUUCGUUUGGAAUGCUCCUUGCUUGGGCAUAAUUUCAAAUACUUAACUUUUCCAUUUUCCACUAUUUCCACCAGGAAACUGUCCUUAGUAGCAACAUACUAUGGAGUUGUUUUAUGGGUACCGAAUUUCUAUCAAAAUCAAUACAAUUUAUCAAAAAAACAUAUCAAAAGAUUCAAUAAGUGAAAAAUUUAAUAUGUCUAACUCAAUUUUGAUCAAAAAUAGACAUUAGAUGCUUCUCAAAUGACUGAUUCAUUAAUAGAACAAUUAAUAUAUCUUUGAUUUGAGAGUACACACAAAAUAAGAGGUCAAACAAAGUGGUCGAAUCAUUCGAAUUAGUUCGGAAAACCCAGAAAAUGAGUUACAUUUUUGAAAACACCAUUUUUAAUCUCCGUACAAAAGAAAUCUUUGUUUUAUCCUUAGUUAGAAAGAGCAGACAUUGUACCUACCAGGAGUGGUAUUUUGCAAUAUGCCUGAAUGCUUUAUUCCCUUUCUUAUCUCAAAUUUUGAGACUGUUUUAAAAAUUAAAUGUAGAGCAACAAAACAUAUUUGUUAUAAAACGUUUUCAAGUCAAGGAAAAUGUUUAGCGGCUGUAAUAUUUGUGUGAGACUCAUCUGGAGAUAUCUCGAGGUGUCUUGCUUCCAUAUCGGUUUAUGUUUCGGAAUCAGUCAUAUCUAACCGCACAAAAGCAAAUGAAAAGACUAAAAUGUACAUGGUAGCGUCGUGGAUAGGCCUUUUCAGCACGACCGUUCGUCAAGACUCCACGAGAGUACUUACUUGAGAAACUACAACCAGCUUCAGAUUAGGAUUUCCAUUUGGAUCCUCUGCCAGAUAAAUCACUUUCCACUUUAUUGUAUGCCUGUUUAAAUAAUGCAGCACAAGUUGAAGUCUUGAGCCCUGCCAUCUUUGGCCAACUAAUUGAAAAUAUACAUUUUGUUUCUUGAAAAAAGUUCAAAGUACCGCUACGCCAAGCAAAAAAUUGUACGGAGGCACCUUAAGGUAUUUCGAGAUUUAUCAUUAGUGCUCUCAUUUAUUUUCUUGCUUUUGCGUGACAUUCCUCGCAUAAUAUGGCGAAAUCCACGACACGGGUGCGAGAAACCUCGAGGUGAAUCGAUAAUUGUCUUGUACACAAGAGAACAGCUGCAGAAUUUGAUUAUUUGACAUAAUGAACUUGUACAUACGUCCUCUUUUGUACAUAGUACGGAUCUCCUUUAUGUUGACGCUACUUCAAUUCAUUUUCGGCAAUGUUUUUGUCGUUUUGAUCGACUCGGCAUCAUUUUAUUACAAAUCUAAAAUAUACGUUUUGUUGCUAUAUAUCCAUAACUUUAAAAAUUGCUUUAAAAUUUUGAAUCGGACAAUAUAUGAAGCAUCCAGAUACUUGCAAAAAAUCACCAAUGCAUUUUGAUCUUAGUAACUUGACGUGAUUUCAAACUAUAACGUUUUCGCUUUGAAUUUGAUACAAAAUUAUCGAAUAAUAUUUGCGUAUCCAAAAUAUAUCGGACUUUUAAAUGAUGCCACUGGCUUUCUAUUAGAAUUUUAAACACAAAUGGCAUGUCUACUCAUUUGCUUGGCCUAUGACUUGUUGAAACUGGUUUUUAUCUAUUAACUGUUGCUAUAAAUAAAACGUUUUGAUUAUGCAAUGAAAUCAAUGUACUGAAAUUCAGUAAUAUAUACAUAUAAGAUAAAUUAUUUUUUGGCAGAAUGUGUGGUAUACCAUCCAAUUGAUAAUAAUAUGUCAGUACAAUUAACCAUUUGAUUAAAUCGGUGUAAAUUGAUACCAAAUUCCUUCCAAGUUAUUUUACUUGAUUGUUUCUCGAGAUCAUUCAAGUAAUUGGGGCUUAACGUCUCUUUAAGUAUACAAAUUUUCCCUGUACCAUACAAUGUUUAAAACGUUGAAGUUCCAACAUAGCUUGGGUUAGAUGUUGAUUCCUGUUUCUAAAACCUGUCGAAAGUUAUACCAGUAUCAACUGAUUUAGUAAAAAAAAAUCUUUGCUUCCUCUUUUCUAGAUCUAAUUAGAUGUAGAAAAUACAUUCAAUGAUCGAAAUCAAAAAAUUAGAAUGAUUGCACUUCUGUUUAACUUCAACUACGUUCAAGCUGCAAAUUUACUAACCCCAUCGGUUUAAUUUCUUGUCUUCUUCCUAGAGAAAUUUGACCAUAAAUUAUGCAAGUUACUGAGUGCAAUUCUGUAAACUUAAACUAAUCCAAUCUCUCACAUUUCUACCCUUUUUUACUGAUACUAUUCCCAUCUCAAGUAGGUAUUUGAAUAUAUUAUUGUGAAAAAAAUCUCAUGAAUUCUUAAAAUUCAAUUGUUGUGGGGUAAGUUUCUCCAUAAAAACAUUUUUUAUGAAAGCUUGUUUUUUUAUAAUUCCCGCAGGUUUCUUACACAAUCUAGCGGUGAAGUACCUACAAUUUCUAGAUCGAUAGAGAGUUGCUUUUAAGCCUUUUUGUACUUUUCUUUACACUACGUGUCUUCUUUUUCAAUUAUUUCGAUCUAAUACUUGUCCAUAUUUAUUGAACUUUCAGAAAACGUUGUUAGGUUUUUCUGGAUGUUAUGAUGCAAUCUUCAAAAGACGUUUUAUUCCCAGAAGACUUUACUAAUAUCCUUCCUCAAUUCAAUCUCAUGGGAUUGUCAUUUUUGCUGGCUGCUAACUUUUAUCUUUUCUUCCAUGAAAGUGUUGAGCUGUACUUCAUUUUUCUGUCCAUACUACAGAUCCUGCAAUCUUCUCGGAUUAGCAGGCUCUCUAAUGGAUAAUCCAACUACCUUCUAAUCGAGAUUAGUCCUCUUUGGUGUAUAGUCUCUCAACUGGAUUAUGGGGAGAGCGUUUUAGUUGUUGAAUCUUCUCCUGGUGUUUUUUACAUGAUUUCUCCUUUCUUUUUUGGGUCCAAUUCAUUCGAAUCUUCUUCUAUUUCAUUUCUGAUGGUCUACUGAUAUUAAAUUUUAUUUCAUUCUUAAUUAAAAUUAAAAUUGAAAAUACGUUAUAUAUAUUGGAGAAUAAGUAAGUUAUUAAAUAUUUUACCGAAUACCAGUGCAUGGGUUUCGUUAUAUAGAAAUUAAAAAUGUUGCAUGUCCGUUUAUUUUUUCAAAAAAAAAAAAACUAUCCUUGGCUUUCUUUUUGGGUUGGAGUCUUUCUUUGUCAAACCACGUACAUAUUCUAUGUAUUUCCUUUUCUUGCCACAUCAUAAUGUCUUAGGUGAACUGAACUCACACAUUUUUGUAUACAUUUACGAAACUUUGUUCCUUCAAAUAAACAUACAUAUAUUCUUGUAAUUUGAUAAAGACAUGCAGUUGCCUCAAAGGCAGUUAUUUUUGUCUUCCUGUAUUUUGAUCUCGAAGCACAAAUGUAGUUUUAUACGUGUACAGGGCGGGUCAAAUUCUAUUAUAAAUAUAAUGUCUUGAGAUUGAUUCAAACAUCAAAAUAAAGUUCCAAGUUAUAUCCGUUUUUUUUUUGAUAAUAAAAACAGUGUGAAUUAAACAUAAUAAGGAAUUGAAAGAUUAUCUUUAUUUUACCUAAAUUUGCCUUGCCCUGUAUACUGCGUGUCUCAUUUCUUUUUCUCUCAAUCAUUGUAGUCAUCUUGAUGUAGAACAAAUAUUUAGGCUUGUUUAUAUAGUGCAAUUUUAGUAGACUUCCCCAUAUCAGGUGAAACACUGUACAUAGUUUAAUCACUUUAAUAUUUCUUAUCGCAUACAAAACAUUCUUAAAGAAAAAUAGGUAGUUUUAUAGCGAUUCCAAAUGCAAAAUCGAAUCACUAAUUUUUAAUCGAACUAAUGCAUUUAUACUUGAACAAAUCGUUUCUUAAAUGAGGAAUGAAUCCAAUUAAAACAAACACUUAAACUUUCUGAACUAAGAAACCUUUCGAAAUACAUUUUGGUUAUUGCUAGUUUAUUUUACCGUUAAUCAAAUAACUACAAACCAACAAACAAAGGUUUUAACCUGCCAAAUUUUUAGAGGUAACUGUCUAAACGACUUUGAACAUGUUUUUCAAGGUUUUUUUUGUAAUAGAAAUAUAUUUCAAAUCCCAAAUUUUGUCUUCCUCGUUAGGUCCUUAAAUUUUUUUGAUCCUCAUCUUUAUAGCUCUAAUGAUAUUUGUGACAUAGCGCGUUUUGUAAUAUGGGGUUCCAUUAAAUCAAUUCUCAUUUUUUUUUUCAAAGUUCCCGCCUUUGCGUCUUUACUCUUUGUUGUUUGCAUUAAAUACAACGAAAGCAUUUAUUAUAACUGCGUUGAGAGAUGAUUAGAAAAGCACCAUUGACCAUCUUCUAUUAUUUCUUCAUAUUAUAUAUCUACUUCGUCCACGGUGCCUACCACGACUUUGAUACUAAUAUAAUUUCUGGCUCAUUUGUACCUUUGGAGAUGAUGUCUUGAUGCAUACUAGAAAACCCUAAAAAAACCUUGUUUAUUCUUAUAUAAAUUGGUAAACUAAGUUCGUCCAAAUUCAAAAAUCCAGUUAAAAUAGCUGCGUGGGUCUUUCCUGCAUUGAAUUCAAUCAUAUUGCUUCCACCCCACUUCAGAAUAUUUUCAGGAUCGGAAUUGGGGGAAAGAGGGUAGAUGACUGAUGAACACUAGCUCAAACCUCUCUGAGGAGUGUCCAUCCAUAGCGACCUGGAUGGAUCGGUCUUUGAGAAAGCUUCUAAAAGCAGUCGUAAUGGCUAUUACUCUGCAGAUGCUUCGUAACAUACACGUAUCUGCCAAAGUAACAGAACCCUAUGGGGUCAAAUUCUGAUACAGUUUUGAUUAAACAUAUCGAAAUAUUCAAGUUUAUCAUACUAAUUUCAUUUCGAGUCCUUCUGUCGUUAAACCUCAGUUCACGAAGUUAAAAUAAAAACCUUUCUUUAAUCAGUAUCAAACUUUAAUAUUCCCAAAUAAUGCUAAUAAUAUUUCCGCGAGGUAUCUGGGUACGACUCAAGUUAGCACACUGAAUAUUGGUAGUUAAAGAAAUUAAUUUUCGACUUUCUUGUAUAAUUCACGAUUCUCAUUUCUAUUUGAUUGAGUUUCUUCAGUAUCUUGUAUUAUUUUCUCUAGUUUCUAUACUUUCUAAUCAUUAUCAGAUACAUCAUCAAUCUUCGCUUGUCCAUAUUUAUCAUCUUACCGCGUAAGCUCCUGAAGAUGAAUUUGUUAUCGUUAUAGCAGCAUAUAAACAUCACGAACAUACAUUUUUUCUAUCUUUUUUAAAUUAUGUAAAGUUAAUAAACACUUCUGAGAGUGCGAAACUUUUUUUAAAAGUUCGGUAGUUCCAUUAGUAUCAAAUAAAUUUUGAAUGUACAUGGUUUUUCAGUUUUUCAAAUAAAAUCUUGAGCAUUUUGUCUGUGGCGAAUAAAGAAAUAGUAACUGGGUGAAUUCAAUAUACAUGUAGUGUCCAUUUUCUGUAAUGAAACAUGCUAACUCUAAAUGACUUAAUCAUCAAGGACGUCCAUUGUUGUUUCCAAAUUUUCUAACGUAUUUUCAAAUUCUACGUCCAAAAUUUUGCUAUGAUAGCAUUAAUUUUUAUAUUUGUAUCGAAAUCGAGUUUCUCUUUUUUGAAAAACCGUUGAAUCGGGUUUUUUUUGCUGACCAAACAAGAAAUAUGAUUCCGUAACCGUAUUCAUCACUAUCAUCCAGUUUUAGUUGAUUUCCUUUCAAUUAGAUUCUUCAAUAUCAUUAAUAAACCUUUUAAAAUAAUCCCGCCAAAAAUUUUUUUAUCUAUAUAGAAGAUUGUCAUUUCGUUUGCGUUUCUUUUCAACAAUUCUGAUCGAAUUCACGUAAACUUUACCAGUAAUUAUAGGAAAUAUUUUAUACUGGUAUCCUGAUACCUAAUAUGGUGUUAACUACAUGUGUGGAUAUUAAUUUAUUAUAUUAGUAUACAGGAUAUGUUAAAAGGACAAACCUCGAACUAAAGAUUGUCAAAGUUCGCUUCCAACGAUGUGGGAACGCUCAAUACCUAAGCAUUUGCUGCAGCAUGUGUGAAUCGGUUUGUUAAUUGGAGCACAGCUUUAGUAAUGUCCUCUCGUUAGAGUUUGUCUUCACCCUUGCUCGAUGAUGGCAUACGCCCUGUCGGUUCUUCGUUCCGAACAUCACUUCUUGACGGACGUCAUUGCUGAAACUUUCCUAUUUACCGUGUUAAGUAUGAUAAGGCAUUAUUCCUAAGAGCUUCUACUAAUUUAAUUGGAUAUUCUAUCGUAUUUUUCCCUCGGGAACCGAGUAUUUUCAAGAAAUCGCGCUGCUCUAUCAAGAAUUUCUUCCAUUUCGAACAAUAUCUAUCAACUGACUGAUCCCGUAGCCCUCGAUGCGCUACCACCAGCUCUUUCUUGUUAAACAUGUGUACUACUCUGCAUAUUUUACCAAGACCUUCAACGAAUUUAACGAAUGGACUAUAAAAAUUUAAGUUUGUAGUUAAUGUGAAUAGUUUCAUUUCUUUAUACGUUUUGUUGGUAAAUAUAAAGUUAAGUGAUAUUCAAAAAUACAGUGCUUCACCUGAUAUUAUCUUAUUAUUAUUUAUUUUUAAAUUUAAUUUAAAAAAAAAAUGCAUAUUCUUUAGGAUAUCUUUCUAGUCAAACUUCGAAGUUUGCAAUUUUCUAGUGGAAUUCUACUAAUAUCAACGAAAUAGUUUCCAGAAGCUAAAUAUUUGUCCUGUUUUCAAGGAGGAUAUAUGAAUUUAUUGUAAGAUAUAGGGUUAGAUUUAGUAUUGUGAUGUAUUAUUAGUGAUAGUCCUUAUUGAUACCUAUAUUUGCAGAAAAUGUGUCUUAUUAUACGUAGCAUUUAAAAAUGAGAAGUUUUCACUUUGUACUUUUAAAAAGAGUACGUACACGUUAUUAUGAUGCAUGUAAAAUUAACGAAAUAAGUAACUGUUUAUUUGAACUAGUACUAUAUAUAUAUAUAUAUACCAUUUAUAAAGAAUUUGCAUUUUUAAGUAGGAUUAAUGUGUAACUGAAGGUUGAAGAGCAGAAUUAAAACGAAGAGGCUCUAUUUAGGACUCACCGCACGUGUCAAACUUAAUAACUUUUCUUUCCAAUACAAAUCCUGUCAAAUUUUAACAAUUUAAAACGGGCUUUGCAAGGAUAAAGUAAAUAUAUUUUUUAUUUCGCAUUCAUUUUGAUGCGUUUUCGAAAUCAAUUUUUAUUUCAAUAUACGUGGGGUCAAAAAAAAAUCGUUUGCUUGGCAGAUUUAAAAAGAAAAUGUUUACCAAAUAUGUGCUUUUAUGUAGGUAGAAAGAUCCUUCGCAUUAUUAAUGUUUUUUAGGUAAUUUAGCGCUUUACCAAAAAAGUCCUUUACAUUUUUUUUUUGGUAUAUCUAACCAUUUAAAUGUUUACAUAAUUAUUUUUGCUCGCGAAUUUCAUAUCGCGCAGAGAAUUUUCCAGUUUUCCAGUUUUUCACUUUAGAGAGGGAAUGAAUAACAUCACUGGUUAAAGUACAUUCAAGAUCAAGUGACAAAAAGUGAAAUCUGCACGAAUUUCUCCGAAAUAUAUAGAAAAAAUUAAAAUUUUAUGAAUCAUUCAUCAAUCAAAGUUUGAUGAUGAUAUCUUUGAAAUGCUUUUAAUUUGAUCGAAAAAAUAAUUUUCAUUUUACGAAAAUUUGUAUUGUCUAUUUCAUAAUUUUCAUUAGCUGAUAAUGUAUUAAAUUUAUAAGCAAAAAUUUUGUCGAAAAAUUUCUGGCUUUAACUUUUAAAUGAUACCAUUUUUAUAGAGGUCUUAAUUGUCUACCAUAAUUUUUUCCAUCAAACUAAAUAUGAAAUACUAUAACACAUAUUUAUACGAAGAUUCCACUAUUCCAUAUCCAUUUUUUUAUUUAGUCCUUGAUCUCUUUUCCAAUUCAGUUUUGUUAUAUUAUUUCUUCGUUUUGUUUUAAUUCUUUUCAGUAUUAAUCUUUUUAUUUUCAAAUUUCAAUAUCCAUAUCUUCAAUUUUAUCAACUUUUCAUUUUUGUUGCUCUUAUUUUACAACCAAGACCAGCAAAUACAAUAAAAGAUGCAAAAAGUUAUCUAAUCAGUGAUUUUUAAGAGGUAUAGGAUUUGAUUUAAAAAAAAAACACAAAAAAUUUGAAAAAAUUGAUGAAAUUUUUAUUGGAAUCGAUAGUAAGAUCAGUAUAAUUUAAUGUUUGAAGAUGAUUUCAUGCAAUGUUUGCCGCGACUCCGCUUUAGAUAGCCCAUUCGCAAGAUUUAAUUCCGACACACUCCCUCCAACAUAUUGGCCGGUAUUUCACGAAUGAACGCUCCAAUAUUGGCGUCAAUCAUUGCUGGUUUAUCUCUGUAGACAUUAGCAUUAACAUGGCCCCAGAAGAAAUGGUCCAAAGACGUUAAAUCACACGAUCUAGGAGGCCAAUUGUUGGGCCCCAAACGUUCACCGAAGACGGCUCUCAAUUUCCUUAUUGUUUUGCGUGCCGUGUGGCAUGUGGCACCGUCUUGUUAAAACCACGUAUCUGGUAUGUCCAAUUCUUCAAUUUUGGGUAAAAAAAAUCGUCAAUCAUCACAAGGUAGCGCUCGUCAUUCACAGUAACGUUCCGGAUAUCGUCGCUUUUGAAGAUUAUGCCCAUCGGCCCAUAAUCCACACCAAACAGUGACUUUUUAAGGAUGCAUUGGUAGCUCUUGCAUUGCUUAUGACUGGUUUUCACUCCAGAUGCGGCAAUUUUGCCUUCGUCGCUGAACACAAUUUUUCGAUAAAAAAGUGGAUCUCCCUCCAACUUCGCCAGCGACCAUUCACCAAAUGUUGGUUAUAUAAUAUCAUAUAUAACUUUAUAUGAUUAUGUUCCAUGCCUAUGAUUCCAUCAAAUGUUUCCUCUGUUAACUCAAAGUUUUGCAUUUAUAUCUGGAAUUUCUAUGAAUGGAAGGUUUGUUCACCUAGAUUAAGUUACUUCAUUUUAUUUAUUUUGCUAAUACCAUUUUUUACGAAAAUGAUUUAUCAUUCAAUUUAAACAACUACCAUUUUGUUUUCAAUUCCGUUUUGACAUAUAUUGUACCACCCAAUUAUUUUAUAUCGCUUGUCCAAAACUAUGAAAGUCCCUCUCAAUUCCUUUCUAUCUAAUUAAAGUCCCGUUCGGUAAACUUUGUAUCUUGUCACCCCACGCGAAAUUCUACAUCAAAGUGAAUAGCGUGUUUACAAGUUGCACUGCCUUCAGAUAGAUCUAAUGCGAACAAGUGUGGUUUCCCAUCACUCUCACCGACAAAUGAACGACUUGCGGUAUGGAUACGGUGCCGUUGCGUCUUUAUCUACUUUGACCGCAGGUUAUAGUUGGGAUCUGACACUGUUUUCAUUGAGAACAAAUUUGAAUAUAAUUGUGUAUAUCUGUUGAAAAUUAAAGGUAAAUACACAACAAGCAAUAGUUGUUUAGCGUGAUUCAUUUCCGAAAAAAAUAAUUUUUUUUUCCGGUGCUCAGGCAAUGUAUUAAUCUACAUAUAGAAAAAUAAAUUCUCAAGUUUGUUAAAUUGCACGUAAAAUGUUUUUUUUUCAAAUUUCUAAUACUUUUUACAAUAAUGUAAACCAGUUUGAUGGACCUCGUGGGGAGUUUUUUCAAGAACUCACACUCAACAAUAGAAGGAACAAUUUUUUUCAAAAACCUUGCUUAAACGACUCCUAUUGGUGAAGCAAAAAUUCUAAAGCGAUUUCGAAGACCAUAAAAUUCCCAACAAGGACCAAUAAAACGAUUUGAAUUAUUGUAAAAAGUGAGUAAAUAUUAGAAAUUUAAAAAAAAUAUAUUUUUUACAUGCAUUUUAAAUAGUAAAACUUCAAAUUGAUAUUAAGAGCUCAAACUUGGUGAGACUUUUUUUUCUAUAUGUAGAUUAAUAUUUAGCAUGAGAACCGAAAGAAAAAUUGUCGUAUUAGAAAACUUGUUUGUAUAAUUGAAAUAUUUAGAAGCAAAAGUUUGGAGUUAUUGUGAAAAAUGUUUGAAGAUGACGUUAUUAAGUUUGGUACUUGCGCUGUAUUUGCUACAGUAGUUUUGGUAACAGGCCUAGUUUCCCGGUACUGACUGGCAGUGUCUGGUUGGUGCUAGGUUACUGCGCGUAAUCAGCUGCCAGCAAUCUUUGAUCAUAAUUUACAUACGAUGGUCUAGCCAAGAAAUGAUCGAAUCAUGAAUAUUAUAAAAAGGAGUUAGCGGCUUGGCUAGGCUAUAGAUUUUACAAUAACGUAGUGCCUUUAGGCUGCUGAUCACGCUUUGCUGAAGGUGUGGGUCACAAUAGCCUUUUUUUUAGUGUUAAAGAUCCUUUUUUUUCUCCAUAUAAUUUAUAUGAUUUACUGUGUACUGUACUGUUCUAAUCCCGAGGUGUAUGUAAUAUCACCGCUACUAUUUGUAAUAAUAAUGCUUGAAAAUGCAUGAUAUUUGUUUUAUUAAUCAUUGCUUAUUAUUUUUUUAUUUUUUCCAAAAUUAUCCAAAAUUUUUAUUUUCAAAUACCCGUGACCCUUUCAUUGAGUGCCUCUUGGCUUUUUUUUUGAUCAACAUGAAAGACUGUACAGGCAAUAAAACAUAUUCCCUCGACGCUUGCCAAUCACGUUAUUUUUUGUGUUUUUGUAUGUGAAAUAUUCAUCCUUACAUUGUUGCUUUUCAUCAAAAAAACUAACACUAAUUGCUUAAUAUUACAUGAAUAUAAACGCAGUUAUAUUAUUAUAGCAUCGAAACAUAAUAAUUGGUCAGUAUCAACAAGAUAUUCUCACGCAAAUUAUCAUCAAACUUGAUUAACUCAAAAAAUAUUCAACAAAGAUAAACUAUUCGUUGUAAUGGCAACAACGCAAUAAUAGUUUCGAAAUUAACACCAUCUAAAGUUAGGAAUAGUCUCUAGAUUUAAUAUAAGGUAAAUUAAUUCUCACACUGUAGCUUUUAAAUCACUUUUGUACACUUGCGUGUGUUGUGAGUUCUUUACACUUGGCCACGCUUAACCAUCCGUCAGGCGCAUUUAAUCCAUGAGAUAAGUAGAAUAUGUUUUGGACUACCAAGUUUCAAUAGAGAGUGAGUGCAGCCUCCGGCUACCUUCUCAACUGAUCCCUUUGAGUUAGAGAUGUUACUUUACAAGAUACUAAGAAGUGAUCGACAAUCCUUGAAGAAAUUGAAACGGGUAUGGAGUGAAACGGUUUCAUCUCGUUAUCAACUAUUGGAGAAACGAAUUUCUUGUGAUUUGAUAACAUUUACACCAGAAAAGAAAAAAAGAAAAA